AUGGAUGGCAUGCAGGGCUAUUAUGGCCAGGGCUACCCGGGCAUAGACCCUCAACAAUCCCUGGACGGGUACGCGCAGGAUGAUGGUUUGAACACUAUCUCACCCGGUACCAUGGAUACAACGGGACUUGGCCAGGCACAAACGCUCCACCAGAUCAUCAGCCAGAAUAAUGAGGAGCUGAUGCGCAGGCGCAGCAACUUCCAAUCCCAUUUUCGCCCUGGUUCGCAGGAUCGAAACCGCAGGGCUUCGAUGCUCGAAUUUGGCACUAACAUGAAUGCCACCGACCUGGCAAGCUUUCAAUUCGACCCCAACCCGAACGAGUCAGACAUGUCAAUGACGAACCCAAUGGCAAACUUGGUUCCCAUGAAUAAAUCCCAUGAACCGCGAAGAGCUCGGUCCAAAGAAGACUUGUCCCUCAACACCCGCUUCUCCCAGAUGAACACCAGUUUCGACCCUCUUUCUGCCGUGGACGCCUUCAAUCCACCCGUGAUGUCUAGCACGUCGGCUGGAGUCGAAUCUGGUUCGGCGUUCAUGAACAUGAUGGACUUCGACCCUAUGGUGGCGCUGGGAGAUGCUGGGCCAAUACAGGAGCCCAUCUUUACCGAUUCUCCUCUUGACCAGAACUUCGCAAUGUCUUUCCAACCUAAUGGUCAGGAUCCUGGUUCGCAUUUGAACAAUCCAAUGGCCGCAAUGGCACAAAGUAUGUCUGCGCUACCCCAGACAUUUUCCAACAGCGCCCGACAAAUGGGAGGUCAUGGGUCUCUUUCUGCCAUGCAGGUGGGACCAGCUUCGACUAUGCCCUCGCCCAUGCACGUACCGAAUAGCGUUUCCAGGAGCACAUCUGUGGACGCACAGCCCUCAUUCCCUAGUAGUGGCAAUAUGACCCCAAGUUCAAGAGCUAUGAAUCCCCCAAGCCUACCACAUAUGCCACAGGUCUCCGGCCCCUCUGUCCCCCAACCGAGCCUGUCCAAAUAUCCUAAUGUUUAUUCAUCAAGUGGGUUUGAUAUGCUUGGUGUUUUGAUGCGUGUCGCUACAAGACCACACCCUGAAAUUAACAUCGGUCCUGUUGAUUUGUCUUGCGCUUUUGUCGUCUGUGACCUUGAGAAAUAUGACCUUCCCAUCGUUUACUGCUCCGAGAUGUUUGAGCGGCUCACGGGCUACACAAAGCACGAAAUUCUAGGGAGAAAUUGUCGGUUCCUUCAGGCACCAGACGGAAAGGUCCAAUCGGGCGUCAAAAGGAAAUAUGUCGACGAUAAUUCUGUUCUAUAUCUCAAGAAUCAGAUUUCGAAGCGGGCUGAAGCACAGCUCAGCUUGAUCAAUUACCGGAAGGGUGGACAACCCUUUAUGAACCUGCUAACCAUGAUACCCAUACAAUUCGACUCCGAGGACUACAAAUUCUACGUCGGCUUUCAAGUUGACCUGGUCGAGCAGCCAGGCUCAGUUUCCAAAAGAAACCCUGAUGGGAGCUAUGAAAUCAAUUAUAACCGAAGUUCUCUCCCUGCUUAUACACUUCCUGCUCCACCCGACGCAAGCCAAGUAUUGCCCGAGAUGAGCCAAACAGUUCCCAAAGACGAAGUUUCAAAAGUCCUUGCUACGUUUGGUCGUGGUGAAUCCGAGCUAUCUAGGCGGAUAUGGGACAAAGUACUACUGGAGAAUACAGACGAUGUUGUUCAUGUUUUGUCAUUGAAAGGGCUGUUUCUCUAUUUGUCACCCGCCAGUCGAAAAGUUCUCGAGUACGACCCCAAUGAAUUGGUGGGUACAGCUCUGUCGGCUGUCUGCCAUCCCAGCGAUAUUGUUCCAGUCACUCGAGAGUUGAAGGACUCUUCCAGUGGAAACACUGUCAACAUUGUCUAUCGAAUCCGACGAAAGUACAGCGGCUACACUUGGUUCGAGGCACACGGGUCAUUACAUUCGGAACAAGGCAAAAGCAAGAAGUGCAUCAUUCUUGUUGGGCGUGAGAGACCAGUCUAUGCACUCGACAAGAAUGAACUAUCGUCUGAAGGUGCCACAGGUGAAAGUGAGCUGUGGUCGAAAAUCUCUACGUCUGGGUUGUUCUUACAUGUCUCCUCGACAUCCCGGGUAAUGCUCGAUCGUCUACCAGAAGAUCUCGUGGGAACAAGCAUGCAGUCUUUGAUGAGACCAGACUCCAAGAAGGAGUUUGCUCGGGUCUUAGAGAUCGCACGGGCCGGAGGCAAUGUGACAUUUCGACACGAUCUCCAGAACCGCCGCGGCCAAGUUCUACAUGCACAGACGACCCUUUACCCGGGUGAUGCAAAACGGGGCUAUAAGCCGACAUUCCUUCUCGCGCAGACAAGAUUACUAAAAAUGACACGGGCUGCCUUGCUGAACCAGAAAUCGAGUGCACCAUCACCAAGAACUGAUCGAGCAUCGGUGGGAUCCGCGACACCACUCACGGUUACGUCUAGUAGGUCGGGCACUAUACCGGGCGAGUCAUCAUCUAUCUCUUCGGUGGCUGAGGGGGCAGUGACCCAAGCAGGCAGCCACGGACUUCCACUUGGAAACCAAGAUGAGUCCCUAGCUUCGGAGGAUAACAUCUUCGAUGAGCUGAAGACUACACGAAGCUCUAGUUGGCAGUAUGAACUUCGGCAAAUGGAACGGAAGAAUCGUGUGCUUGCUGAAGAGUUGCAGGCUCUAUUGAGUCGUAAGAAGAAGCGCAAGAGGAGAAAGGGCCUUGGACAGUUGGAAAAGGACUGUGCCAACUGUCACACAAGAGUAACGCCAGAAUGGAGAAGGGGUCCCAGUGGCCAGCGUGAUUUGUGUAAUAGCUGUGGUCUUCGAUGGGCCAAACAGCAAGGACGAGUCUCUCCGCGAAAGAGUUCGGGUCACAGUGACAGAGCCUCUUCGACUUCCCCAGCUCAAGGACCAACACUUAAAGGUACACCUGCUGGUCAGAUUACCGGUAAGACAGGAGGCUCAUCUCCCCUCGCAACAGGCAUGCAAGUCGCUGGAGUUGUCAAUGGAACAAUUGUGAAUGGACAAGCAGUGAAAGUCAUGAAAGAGGAGGAUAAUACAGUUUGGCGAGGAGCGAUGCCUCCAAAAAUCGAAGAGGCAGAAGAGCCACCCGGGCCUAACGUACUUCCAACUUGA